CCUUGUGAAGCUAAUGUUUCUGGCACUUCAACCACGAUGUUGGUGUUUCGUUUGUCAGUGGUGAUCAAGCUUUUCUUCCAGUUGGAUGCAUCUGUUUGUCCUGAGAGAUGUGACUGCUCUUCAAAAAAUGCAAUUCACUGCUCUGGUCCCCACAUAGAAGACCUGGAAUCAUUGAAUCUGCCUUGCAACAUGACAGAAAUUCACAUAACGCACACUAAUGUAACGUACUUGCAGGAUGUUUUUUCUAGGAUGGUGGAGCUGCAGCAUCUCAUCUUGUCUUCAAACAACAUCUCUCUGAUUUCACCAGUGGCUUUCAAAGGCUUGAGAAGGCUAAAAGCUCUCAAACUGCUAGAUAAUAAGCUGAGCGAACUUCCCCCAGAAGUCUUUGAUGACAUGAUAAAGCUUCAGCAAUUAAUCAUGGAAAAUAACCGGUUGAAAUCCAUUGAAGAAAAUCUGUUUGACAAACUCACUAGUUUGGAGGAGCUUUUCUUGAACAAAAACCAACUAACAGCACUUCCCAGUGGCGUGCUGAAGAAACUUGCCAAACUCAAAGUACUGAACUUGUCGAGAAAUUAUUUGGCAGCACUGCCUAGAAAUAUAUUUAGUGCAUUAACCAGGCUUGAGAAGCUGAUGCUGUAUUUUAACAGGCUGUCUUCAAUAGAGUCUGGUAUGUUUGACAGCCUGAAGGAGCUGCUGGAACUCUUCCUGCAUUGCAAUAACAUCCAGUCCAUCGCCCCUGAUGCAUUUCAUUGUCUUCAUAAACUGAGAACCCUCACGCUCUCCAGAAACAAGCUUGAGGCUUUGCCUCCUGGGCUCUUUCUGCACUUGCACGACCUGUCUAAAUUGACCUUGUACAGGAACCCACUGAAGUCUCUUCCAGAAGUAUUGUUUGGAGAAAUGAGGCAUCUUGGUAGCCUGUGGCUGUAUCACACAAAGCUCUCAACAAUACCAGAUUUUGUGUUCAGUAACUUGACAAAUUUAGAGCUUCUUGUGCUGAGUUUUAAUCCAGAGCUUAGUGUUCUUCCUCAGAAUGUAUUCAGUGGUCUGAAUGAACUGCGGGGCCUUUCUCUGCAUACAAAUAAUAUUUCUGCUCUGCCAGAGGGCAUCUUCCUGAGCCUUCAGAAACUGCAGAACAUUUCCCUUUUUGAUUCGAGGCUUGAGGCUCUUCCUAGAAACCUCUUUCAUAAUCUCAGGCACCUUCAGAAAGUUUACCUCAAUAGUACUAAGCUGCAGUCUCUUCCUGGAGAUUUCUUCACUGCUUUACCUAAGCUGCAGGAAGUCUUCCUUUCCGAGAACCCUUGGAAAUGCGAUUGCCAAAUUCUUGGCUUCCAAGAGUGGCUCCAAAAGAGCAUGGAGAUAGUUAAAAAUGUGCCAUCUCUAAAGUGUGACAGCCCGCUGGCACUACAGAAUAUUUCUCUGGUGGCUCUGACAGAUGAUCACCUGAAGUGCCUGCCAAGCACAGCCAUUACAGACCAGUUCAGCUCAGGUUAUUCCCAGGCUUCAACUUCUCUUGUGACGGAGCACUUGACAUCAUCUUGGGAGACUACUGUAUCAGUGGUGUCCGACAUGGAUACCAGCACACCCACAUCAAUUCCUCUUGCAACUCCAGGUUUUAUCUACUCACAUGUUCGAGAUGUUGGACAGCCUAGGUUUCAUUUCUCAGAUGUUCCAACCCAAACUUCUCCCAAUGUUGUAGUAGAAACCACCAGUGUCAGAGGAACAGAUUUAACUACUCUUGCCUGGUGGGAUGAGCUGCCAGCCCGCAGGAGUACUAAGCCCUAUUUUAAUACCAGAAUUGCUUAUUGUCAGCUAUUCUUGUGCCUUCACAGUUUGAUUUUAGCGCUACAGACUGUAACCAUGGUGCUUGGUCUGUAUGUGAUGGGUAAAACCAGGCAGCUCUUGCACUCCAGAAAUACUCCUGUUCAGCCCGUAGUUCUGAUAAAAUUUUUAAGAAGAUAG